AUGCUAUUUUACGCCGUCUUUAUGCUCACGCACUUCCUCAUCAUCAUCUUCAUCGACAUGCAACCUUUCUAUCCCAAGGAGGUCGUACCUCCAUGGCUCGGCCAAUUGCCCAAAGAUUAUAUAGCGUUGUCUCAGGACCCGUUAGUGAUUGGUGUUCAUUCACCAGUGAAGAACUUGCAUUAUGUUUGGUUUGAGUCCAUGGCGGUAUGGAUUGAAGGGUUCAUGCAAACUCCUUUAGCUUUCUUUGGUGCUCUAGCACUCGUAAAAAGUAAAUCCUAUGCUUGGAUCAUCGUCCUCACUUAUGGGCUUAUCACCUUCCCAACUCUCAUCCCAUGCUUUGCCCACAUCUUGGCGAUCCCCACGACUGACAUUAACCAUAUCACGAAAGAAGGCAUCACCACACUCACCUCGUGGCAAAAACAGUUCAUCCUUGCAAAUUAUGCACCCUUCGGAAUUGUACCGUUCAUCAUGUCAGUUGAUGCGGCAUACCGGAUUUACCACCAAAUCAAGAUGCUUUCGAACAUACAAGAGGCGGCGGAGAAGUCGAACAUGUUGGGUGCAUUAUUAGACGCUGGAUUAGAAGGACGGUUAAACGUUGACACGAAGGAAAGAGGGUGA